ACGGCGGCCCACCGGCCGCGCCUCUCGGCUGCGGACGCCUGCGAGCAGGUUGUUUUUAUGAGAGGCGUCACUGCGCUUUGAGCCGUGAACACCGCCACAGCGACAACCUGCAUGGUGGAGCUGCGGUGGGGCUGCCCCUUCAGGCCUCAAAAAUGUCUGAAAAUUCCAGUGACAGUGAUUCAUCUUGUGGUUGGACUGUCAUCAAUCAUGAGGGGUCUGAUAUAGAGAUGGUGAAUUCUGAACAUGGAACAGCCAGUGACAGCUGUGAGCUCACCCCAGAGGAUUCAUCUUUAGAGCAAGAGGAGCUGCAAGUAUUGCAAUUAGAGCAGGGAGAGAACAGCCAAAAUGUCACAAUGUUAGUGGGAGAAGAAACUGCUUAUCCAGCUUUGGAGGAAACGAAGUCAGCAUGUGAGGGAGAGGAAGAAAGGUCACCUGAAGACAAUGUCUACUUUGGAACUGUCAGUGACGAUUCUGAUAUUGUUACCCUUGAGCCACCUAAGUUAGAAGAAAUUGGAAAUCAAGAAGAAGCUGUAAUUGUUACAGAUGUACAGAGUCCAGAAGACUUCAAUAUGGGCUCUUCUUCUAGCAGCCAGUAUACAUUCUGUCAGCCAGAAACUGAAAGGUGGUGGGAGAAGCUGUGGAAGAUUCCUGAAUGCAUAAGGGGAUGGGAUGAUCAGCUGAAACACCAUGUUCCUAGCCAACUCGCUUUCCAAGUAUUUUCAUCUCAGCCUAGCGACGACAAAUCAAGUAGUGAUGAAACCAGUCAUCAGCCCAGUCCUGCCUUUAGACGACGCCGUGCUAGGAAGAAGACCAUUUCUAGUUCAGAAUCUGAAGAACGACUGCUUCCUGAACAAGAAACUGAACCCCCUAAGGAGUGUAAACCCCAUUUCAGUAGUGGCCUCAAUAAGUGUGUUAUAUUGGCUCUGGUGAUUGCAAUCAGCAUGGGAUUUGGACAUUUCUAUGGUAAACAUGGAAGUAACAAAGGAGAAGGCACAAUUCAGAUUCAGAAGCGUCAACAGUUGGUCACAAAGAUACACGAGGAUGAAUUGAAUGAUAUGAAGGAUUAUCUUUCCCAAUGUCACCAUAAACAAGAGUCUGUUACAGAUUAUAAGUCAUUGAAGGAAAACCUUGCAAAGUGUCACACCCUUACUGAAGCAGAGAAGAUGUCCUUUGAAACUCAGAAAAAGAACCUUGAUACAGAAAACCAGUAUUUAAGAAUAUCUCUGGAGAAGGAAGAAAAAGCAUUGUCUUUACUACAGGAAGAGUUAAGGAAACUAAGAGAACAGAUUAGAAUAUUGGAAGAUAAAGGGACAAGUACUGAAUUAGUUACAGAAAAUCAGAAACUUAAGCAGCAUUUGAAAGAGGAAAAGCAGAAAGCACAUAGCUUUCUUAAUCAAAGGGAGACUCUAUUGGCAGAAGCAAAGAUGCUAAGGAGGGAACUGGAGAGAGAACGACUAAAAACCAUGGCUUUAAGGGUAGAACUUCAGCAGUUCAGCUCUAGGCAGUUAGCUGGCAAUCCAGACUCUCCCGAUGUAUUGACUGAAAAGAAGGAAGUAGAAAUCUUACGGGAAAGACUCACUGAGCUGGAGCGGAAGUUAAACUUUGAACAACAGCGUUCUGAUUUAUGGGAAAGACUGUAUAUUGAAGCAAAAGAUCAAAAUGGAAAACAAGAAACUGAUGGAAAAAAGAAAGGGAGCAGAGGAAACCACAGGGCUAAAAAUAAGUCAAAGGAAACAUUUUUAGGUUCAGUUAAGGAAACGUUUGAUGCCAUGAAGAAUUCUACCAAGGAGUUUGUGAGGCAUCAUAAAGAAAAAAUUAAGCAGGCUAAAGAAGCUGUGAAAGAAAAUCUGAAAAAAUUCUCAGAUUCAGUUAAAUCCACUUUCAGACAUUUCAAAGAUACCACCAAGAAUAUCUUUGAUGAAAAGGGCAAUAAAAGAUACAGUGCUACAAAAGAAGGAGCAGCUAAGAAACCAACAGUUUUUAAUGAAUACUUAUAUUCACAGCAUAAGGCACGUACACAAAACCAGAAUAAUAGAGGCCCUACCAUGCAAAAAGAGGGAAGGAAAGGAAAGCCAAUUCACUUUGAAGAAUUUGGAAGAAAUACAAAUUCACAGAAAUGCAGUGCUGAACAUGGCUGUAGCGAAAAUUACAAUUCUUUCAGAAAGGCUUGUUCUGGUGUAUUUGAAUGUGCUCAACAAGAAUCCAUUAACCUAUUUAAUAUGAAAGUGUUGAAUCCUGUAAGGAUAGAUGAAUUUAGACAGUUAAUUGAAAGGUACUUAGUAGAAAAAUUGGAUAGUUUCCAUCAUUGGAAAGAACUCGAUCAAUUCAUCAAUAAGUUUUUCAUACAUGGUAUCUUUAUACAUGAUCAGAAGCUCUUCACUGACUUCGUUAAUGAUGUUAAAGAUUACCUUAAAGACAUCAAGGAAUAUCAAGUAGAUAAUGAUGAAGUGUUUGAGAAGUUGGAUGAAUAUAUAUAUAGACACUUCUUUGGUCACACUUUUUCCCCUCCAUAUGGACCCAGUCGACCAGAUAAAAAGCAACGUACGGUAAAUAUUGAAAACUCCAGGCAUCGAAAACAAGAGCAGAAGCACUCUCAGCCACAAGCUUAUAAGAGGGAAGGUAAAUGGCAUAAAUAUGAUCGCACUAAUGGAAGACACAUGGCAAAUGUCGAAAUAGAAUUGGGGCAAUUACCUUUUGACCCUAAAUAUUGACCACUGUGAUUAAGUUAAAUUAGAAAACUAACACAUGUGGAUGCUUUCUACAGUGUUUGGUGUUGAAACUAGGAUGAGAGCAUCAAGAUAACAAUGUCUUUCUACCAUUUCUAAGUAUCAGUUUGAUGACUAUUAUUACUCAGAAGCAUCAAACAAAAGCUUACUAACCUGCUGUUUAGCUUUGCUGAAUAUUUUUCAGCACUGGAAAUGUUCAACUGUAGUUCUGUUAAAGAAACCAGGCACACAACAGAUUUUGUGCAUGAAAUGAGACUUCCUUUCAGUGUAUGAGUUUAAAACAAGCCCAAAUCAUACAUGACAAAGUGUAAUUAACACUGAUAUUUGUGUUAAAUUUGCAGUAGAGCUUGAUAAGAGUACAUUGUGAUGGAAUUUCUUUAACAUUUUGUAAUCUUACUCUUGCUUCUUGUCUCUUCGUGGGUUCAAGAGCCCGUUGACUUGUGAAGAAUUUGCUGCCUUCUUAUGAGCUUGCUGACUUGUUCUCUUGUGAAAUUUCUUGCACAUCUGAAUAUUGUGGAAGAAACAAUAAAACUACAACAUGAGGAAAACUAAA